AUAGGGCUAUCGAAGCCCCAAGAAAACUCACUCUCUAUACCUCCUCAAGAAAAUCAAAGCAGCAGUUAUGGCCGACGUAGCAACAAAGCACCCCAUGGAAGAUGAGGUGAAGAAGACGGAGGCGUCUAGUUUGGUGGGGAAGCUAGAGACAGACGUGGAGAUCAAGGCUUCGGCUGAUAAGUUUCACCACAUGUUCGCUGGGAAACCACACCAUGUCUCCAAAGCAAGUCCAGGCAACAUUCAGGGAUGUGAUCUGCACGAAGGCGACUGGGGCACAGUCGGCUCUAUCGUCUUCUGGAAUUACGUACAUGGCAAAUGGGGAGGCAAAGGUGGCGAAGGAGAGGAUCGAGGCGGUGGAGCCAGAUAAGAACUUGAUCACGUUUAGGGUUAUAGAAGGUGAUCUGAUGAAAGAGUACAAGAGCUUCUUGCUCACCAUCCAGGUGACCCCUAAGCCUGGAGGCCCUGGAAGUAUUGUGCACUGGCACCUUGAGUAUGAGAAAAUUAGCGAGGAGGUAGCUCACCCGGAAACUCUCCUCCAGUUCUGUGUCGAGGUCUCCAAAGAGAUCGACGAACAUCUCUUGGCCGAGGAAGAGGAGGUGAAGACACCAGAGACGCCUAGUUUGGUGGGAAAGCUAGAGACAGACGUGGAGAUCAAAGCUUCCGCUGAGAAGUUCCAUCACAUGUUCGCCGGGAAACCACACCAUGUCUCUAAAGCAUCUCCAGGAAACAUUCAAGGUUGUGAUCUUCACGAAGGCGACUGGGGUCAAGUCGGCUCUAUCGUCUUCUGGAACUACGUUCAUGAUAGAGAGGCAAAGGUGGCUAAGGAGAGGAUUGAGGCAGUGGAGCCGAAUAAGAACUUGAUCACGUUUAGGGUUAUCGACGGUGAUCUGAUGAAAGAGUACAAGAGCUUCUUGCUCACGAUCCAGGUGACCCCGAAGCUUGGAGGCCCUGGAAGUAUUGUGCACUGGCACCUUGAGUAUGAGAAAAUAAGCGAGGAGGUAGCUCAUCCGGAAACUCUCCUCCAAUUCUGUGUCGAGGUCUCGAAAGAGAUCGACGAACAUCUUUUGGCCGAGGAAUAGAGGAGUACUACUACUCUUCGUGUUUGAAUUUAAAUGCAAUAAAUAAGGACUAAGAGCCAUGUCUUUGUGAGAUAUAUGAAUGUGAGUGUGCAUCAUGAAUGUAUGUAUACUAAGAUCGUUUUACGUUGGCUACUGUAACUUUGAGAAGCAAUGUGUAGUAGCUGUGAUGAAGCUAGUAUAAAUAUAUAAUAAGUAUGUUAUAUAUGUUUGCUAAUAAUAAAUGUUUGGACUAGCGAAGCCCUAUGUUUAUGCUUUCAUGAUUUACUAAAGAUCAGAAAAACAUACUGAGCGACGAAAUCCACCCGACACAUUAU